AUGGGUUCUCCUGCCAUCAUCGCCUGCAGCCUCCUGCUCAUCUUCAACCUGCAGCUCAUCACCUCACACCCCAUCGGCUUGACCUCCAAUGAUGUCGAUGUCUUAAAGGACCUUCUCCGAAGACUGGAGGUGCUUCCCGAGCAGGCAGACGUGGACAACAGUCUGGCUGGGGAACACCUCGACACCAUGAGCUCAGAGAGAGCUGAAGAGCAGUCCCGCUCAGACCUGGAUGAAGACACCAUCAGGGAGUUUCUCUCACUGAAGAACCUGAAGAGCUUCAGCUCAGACUCAUCCAGGAGAUCAUCCAACUGCUUCGGGGGGAAGAUCGACAGGAUCGGCACCAUGAGCUCUCUAGGCUGCAACACGGCUGGAAAAUACAAUCCAAAGCGUCAAUGA